CCCCACCGGCAUCAGGCUGCUGCUGGCGGCGCCUCUGUUCUUCCAGGAGCUUCUUCACUGUCUGGGACGGGCAGUGACUGCGGUCACCCCGGCCCACUGCAGAGGGGAGGUGGGAAGAAAGUCAUCAGAGGCCCGAGUCACCAGAACAUGCUAGGGCGGGGCAGAUCUGGGCACCCCAACCUCGCCUCCAGCACCCUCCCGCGCGGAAAAAAGUGGCCCACAGAAGUCGCUGAUAACUCCAAAGCCAGCCUGAGAUUUGGGGUCUAGACCACGCAACUGCGUCGGACCCAAGAGCCAAGGCCCCAUUUCGCCGGAGUCGGGGUUUUCGCACUCCAAGACGCAGGCACGCAGGCCCUACGAGUCCCAGUUUCCCUCGCCGGGUUCGCACGACCCGCCUCCCGGGUCCCAGCCUCUCACUUCCCGCCAUCCGCCGCAGAGCCCGGGCUCUGGCCGGACAGGAAGCAACCAAGGCCACAUCCGUUCUUGCUACCUCUUUGUGCCCCACUUGUUACUCAGGCUUCUCUGGACCAAAGUCCUUCUGGAGACCCCUCUCAGCCCCCCUGCCACCAUGGUCCUGCCAGGAGAUCUCUUGUUCCUGCUUCUGCUCCCAGUGGCCGCAGCUCAGAUGGCCGAAGGCUCCUGUUCUGGGUGUGGGCCCCUCUCCCUGUCGCUCCUGGCAGGCCUGGUGGCCGCAGAUGCCGCCGUGUCCCUGCUGAUAGUGGUGGGAGUAUUUGCAUGUUUUCGCCCACGCCACCAGCCCCCGCAAGAAGAUGGCAAAAUCUACAUCAACAUGCCUGGCAGGGGCUGA